AUGGAGCAGCCGGACUCUAGCAUCCUGUACAUCAGCAAUAAAGUGCAGCUACACGGCGUGUUGUGGAAAAGAUCCUCCGGAAGACAAUCAGCUAAAUGGGCUCGAAGAUUCUUCGUUAUCAAAGACAGCUUCCUGCUCUACUAUGCUGAGAACGAAAAAAGAAACUUCGAAGCUAACAGAUACUUCAACAUUCAUCCAAAGGGAGUUAUCCCUCUAGGCGGAUGUGUGGUCGAGCCAAAGGAGGAGCAAGGCAUGCCUUAUGCCAUAGUUAUCAACCAUGAGGAAUUUAAUGGAGACAUAACGUUAGCAGCAGAGUCCGAGUCCGAGCAGAGCCAGUGGCUGGAGAUGUUGGAGGAGUCCGGAAAAGUCACAUGGAAAAAUGCCCAGCUAGGCGAGGCUAUGAUUGAGAGUCUGGAGGCUCAGGGACUGCAGCUGGCCAAAGAGAAACAGGAGUACCUGGAUAAACUCAUGGAGGAAACUGAGGAACUGAGCUUACAGAGAGAACAGAAGGCGGAGCUAGAACGGUUGAAUCAGGUGCUGGAGGAAGAGAAGCAGAGGUUUGAGGAAGUCCUUACGGAGCUGAGAGCCGAGCAAGAGCAGAUCAAGAGGGAUUUGGAUGGAACAGCUCGCUCAAUGAAAGGAGUUGAGUCUGAGAAAGAAGAGCUGAACAGACUGACCACUAGACUACAGCAAUCUCUUGAGGAUCUGUCUAAGGAGAAGCAGCGUACUCUGGAUAUGCUCAGAAAGAAAGAGAUGGACAGGAUUGGCUCUAAGAACCAGGCUUCUGUUCCUGAACCUAAAUGCCCCAAACCACAGGAGCAGCUACAGGGCAACCUGAGGCACAUCGAGGAGCACAUGAUGUGUCUUCUCUGUGAAAAGAAACAGGCAGAAGAGAGGCUGAGAGAGAAUGAGCAGAAAGCUUAUGUGCUGCAGGAGGAGAGAGAGUUUUACUCAGCUCAGGCUCAAACGCUUCAGCAGUCCCUCAGUCAGCUAACAGCUGAUAAACAGCAGGCUGAAGCUGAACUCAAGGCUGAGAUGGAGUCAAGGGCAGAGAUAGAACGCAGGCUGAAGAUGGCAGAGGAGGCCUUGAAGAGCCUGGAACAGGGUUUGAACUGUUUGGAGCGCAGCCGCGAGAGAGACGAGAGGAUGAUGGGAGAUGUCGGCCACCUCCGCAAGUUCUUUGAGGAGUGUAUCUGUGCUGCAGAGAUUGAAGCCAAGCUACCUGCCAUCAUGAAGAACUCUGUGUACCUACAUAAAGCUGCUGCUCGACGAAUUAAAAGCUGUCGCAUCCAGAGACAAGCUUCCAGGCAACACUGGCGGAAACACUCGCUGUCAUUUGCCGGUUCACAUGGUGAGACAUCCAGCAUGGAGGACCUGAAAGAGACCACUCGACGUCUGACUUCAGACAGCUGCUUUCGACAGCCCAGCAGCCAUCAGCAGACAGAGCACAGUGCAGUCUGA